AUGAUAGGGAGUCAGCUCUACACAUUUGGGAGCAUUCUAGCUACGAUAAUAGUGAUUUCCAACACAUAUGCUAUUGAAGAACAAUUUUAUUCGACUGUUAUACAUAUAGUGAGAUCCAAAGCAAUUUUACUUGUUUUAUUCAACUUUGGGAUUGAUCUCAAGACAUUUUCUCUGACAGAAAUUUCCUCUUGCUAUUAUUGAUUUUUUUAGCCAAGGAUUUAUAAAAAAAAUUUUGUGGGAAAAAAUUCAAUAAUAGAAAUUGAAAAUUCUGACAAUUGAAAAAUCAUAGUAAAGCUUCUGCUACGUUGGAUUGUCAUUUCAGUUCAGCUAUUUAAAGCAAUAAUUUUUGCCUUUUUUGCGACACUGAAGCCAGCAGAAGUCCAGCAUAUGCAGAGCCAAGCUAUACAUCAUGGCUUUCAGCUUGUUAUUUAUCUCUAUCUGCUGAAUAUAGAAUUCGACUGAUUUAUAGCAGCCCAUAUUGUGCUAAAUAUAGCUGUGGCUUCAUUGCAUACUCUAGCUAUAAAGCGAGUAGAAUACGUAAUUUUUAUAUAGCUUUUUACCGAAAGAUAUCCUAAAAUGGCUUAUAUUCGGAUGGUUUUUCUGCAUGUUUCAUUGAUGUUUCUUGACUAUUUUUUGAUUAGUAUGGAAAUGAAAGCAAAAAUCUAUGAAAAUUUAAGCAUUUUCCUUUAUUAUGAGGUAAAUUAUAUUUAGUAUAUACUUAUGCUCCUUGAAAUAGUGAAGUCUUUUAUAUUGUUUUGGCUCAAUGCUUAUGAAUGAAUUAAGAUCCCUGAAGGCUGGGAAGUUAAAGCUGAUAUAGUCAGGAUAUUAGAAUUUGCUUUCAAUAUAUUUACACUUUGCAUUGUUUUGACUGAAUUUUUAGUUUUGUCGAAAAAAAGCGCGGCAGGGAUUUAUUUUAUUGAAAAAUCUAUUAAAUCUGUAUUAAACAUUUACAACUGCUUAGCAAAAUUUUUAGAGUCAAGAAGACUAUUAGGUAAGGUGGAGCGUUUUCCAGACGCUUCUCCUGAGGAAAUUCAUCAUGCCGAUGAUAAAUGUAUUUUCUGUCUUGAGCAUUUAACACAUGCAAAAAAAAUCAAUUGUGGGCACUUAUUCCAUUAUAAAUGCUUAAGGGAUUAUUUCCAGACUUCUAGCAACCCUCUAUGUCCCACAUGUAGAGCAGAUAUUGAUGAAAGACUUGUAGUGCCUCAAAAAAAGACAGAGCAUAUUGCCCAAAUCAUUGCAAGCUCGCUUAUUGUACAAGAUUUGCCUGAAGGUUUUCCAUUAGGAAAUCCAUUAAGAAUAGGAGCUGUCCCUUGGGGGCUUCCACAGCCUGUGAAUUCUCAUAGAGUAUCUAAACAUAGCGAGCAGAUGAGAAAAGGUGUAGAAGGGCUCAAUAGCUUUAUGGUGAGGUUUUAUAAACAUCCUCCAGAUGACUAUGAAAUAGAAGAACAAAAAGAGGAAGAAAAAGAAGAAGAAAUAAAGACAUCACAAAGAAUCCGAGAAAAAGUGUUAAAGAGAUAUGAAAAUAGGAUUUAUGAUGAAUAA